AUGAUGUAAUGGCUUUGUGCGGUGGGGGCGGCAGGUUCUGCGCUUCUCGGUGCGACUCGCUAUUCUGGGGCCGCCUCCGCCGCCGGGUCCCAGCCAGACCCCCCCACCCCUGGGCCCGGCUCUGCCCCGCCCCGCCCGUGUGAGCCCGGCGUAGGUAAACAUCUAAAAUCUAUUUUAUGAAACUGACCCUCAAUCAAGUAUAACUCUUUGAUGCCUGGUAUCUAAAUCCCCCCCCACUAUGCCAGCAGCUACAGUAGAUCAUAGCCAAAGAAUUUGUGAAGUUUGGGCUUGUAACCUGGAUGAAGAAAUGAAGAAAAUUCGUCAAGUUAUACGGAAGUAUAAUUAUGUUGCCAUGGACACAGAGUUUCCAGGUGUAGUUGCAAGGCCUAUUGGAGAAUUCAGAAGCAAUGCGGACUAUCAGUACCAACUGCUGCGCUGUAAUGUAGACUUGCUGAAGAUAAUUCAGCUAGGACUAACAUUUAUGAAUGAGCAAGGAGAAUACCCUCCAGGAACUUCAACUUGGCAAUUUAAUUUUAAAUUUAAUUUAACGGAGGACAUGUAUGCCCAGGACUCCAUAGAACUACUAACAACAUCUGGUAUCCAGUUUAAAAAGCAUGAGGAAGAAGGAAUUGAGACUCAGUAUUUUGCAGAACUUCUUAUGACAUCAGGAGUAGUGCUGUGUGAAGGAGUCAAAUGGCUUUCCUUUCAUAGUGGUUAUGACUUUGGCUAUCUAAUCAAAAUCCUGACUAACUCUAAUUUACCUGAAGAGGAGCUGGACUUCUUUGAGAUACUCCGAUUGUUUUUCCCCGUCAUUUAUGAUGUGAAGUAUCUCAUGAAGAGCUGCAAAAAUCUCAAGGGUGGAUUGCAAGAAGUCGCAGAGCAGUUGGAGCUGGAAAGGAUAGGACCACAACAUCAAGCAGGAUCUGAUUCUUUACUCACGGGAAUGGCCUUUUUCAAAAUGAGAGAAAUGUUCUUUGAAGAUCACAUUGAUGAUGCCAAAUAUUGUGGUCACUUGUAUGGCCUUGGUUCUGGUUCUUCCUAUGUACAAAAUGGCACAGGAAAUGCAUAUGAAGAAGAAGCCAACAAACAGUCAUGACAUGAAAUGGGAAGUCAUCUUUUCUGAGCUCUGUGUGCUUGUAUAUAGGUUUUAUCUCUGGUUGGUUGAAUCCCUUGGACAAUUAGGCUCUUCCCCCUCCCCCCCCCACUUCUCAGAAUACUUUAUUUUCUGCCUUUCUAUGUACUAAAUCUGACUGUUCCUAUCACAGAUCUGAUCUUGAUAUGUUGAAUUUUCUGAGUUAAAUUUGGCCUUUGUACCUACCCCCAUCUGUAAAGAAGCAUGUGUAGGAUCAGUGUGGCAGAGAGAAGGGGAAAGCUAAAUCAUAAUGAAUAUUCUGGUAAAUUUACCUAGUUGGUCUUAGUUUUGUUUUUUCCCCCUUCCCCCAAAUUAACUAGCACUGAUUUGUAACUAACUUCCCUGUUUCAUGUCUGUCCCUUCCAGUAUGCAGGUGUUUUAGCUAUUCAAGAUUGCGGACCAUCAAAUUUGCACUUUAGAGAGUGACUCUGUCUCAGAUCCUCUGUUUUAUCUGAAGUUUUGGGGGGUUUUGCCCUGAGCUAGAAAAAUAGUCUGCCAACUUUAGCAACUUCACACUGUAUUCCUUGGUUUUUGAGCCUGCAGAAUAUAACACAUUCACUGCAUAACAAGGUUUGUUUGUUCAAGCAAAACAAACUACUGAAAUCUGAGUAACUGCUGUUAUCUUACUGGUGUUGAGUCUUCCAAGCACAUCCUGUGCACAUCAGCUUCUAAUUUGCCUGCUGCUUUAAAGCCGCUCUGUGAUGGAAGAAAAUGUUUGAAAACCAGCUUUACACCCUUCAGGAAAAAUUGUGUGAGACUUACUUUUGUAUUUUUUGCCAUUGAGCUGAAAAUCUGAGGAUAUUGGAACUGCAGUGGUUCUAUUAUGGCACACUUCCCUGGAUUCAGUUCCUAGCUUUUAUUCCAGUAAUGUAUUACCUAAAUAUUUUUUAUUUUUUAAAGUCAUAUUUAUUAUGUACUUGAUUUGAUGAUUUUUGCAAGUGAGUUUAGUUAAGGAUAAAACCCAAAGACCUGAAGUAAACUUUAUAUUGAAUUGAAUGAUUAAAUUAGAAGGAAGAUAAAUUGUGCUUUUGUAGUUGCUACAAAGACAGAUGGUACAGAUAUAUUUGUUGUAAAACAACAAAAUAUAAAUUACUUAUAGCUAAUAAAGUUACCUGAGGAGUGUAA